GAGAGAGAGAGAGAGCAGACGACUUUGUAAUACUGUAGGUGAAGAUAGAAACCAACAAAGCCAGAAAAAGACAGAGACACACAGAGAAAUAGACAGGGAAGAGGAAGGAGAGAAGUAAAGAGGACGAUCAAGGAAGUAAGAGAGCCAGAGAGAGAGAGAGAGAGAGAGAGAGAGAGAGCUACUGUGAGAGGAAAGUAGAGGCACUUCAAACACUGGAUUACUCAAGUCAAGUCAUAGAAGAGGACCAAAAAGACUACGAACUGGUGAGGAGCUAUGUGGAGCUGCCAAGCUCACUGUGACAUUGGGAGGUGAUCUCCUUACCUACUAUCCCCAAGGGCAACAAGCGGAAGGUCUUUUUGACGAUGGGUUGUGCAUGCAGUGGACAGAAAAAUCAGAAAAAUCUUAAGGGCCCCAAAGAAACAUCCAACAACAGAUCAAAUGAUGUCGGCACAAACAAGCACAGUGCUGACACAGACACAGAUGUAGUUGUGGCGCAGUACGACUUCAAUCCAACCAAUGACAGCGAUCUGCCAUUUAAGAAGGGCGACAGACUGAAGGUGCUACAAGAGAAAGGCGAGUGGUGGAUAGCCAAGUCUCUGGUCACAGGCCAGGAGGGCUACAUCCCAAGCACAUAUGUGGCCAGAGCUCACACACUGGAGGUGGAGAGGUGGUUCUUUAAAGACUUGAGUAGAAGAGACACAGAGCGUCUUCUCUUAGCGCCGGGGAAUAAAGUCGGCUCCUUUUUAGUCCGCGAAAGUGAGACGACGAAAGGAGCGUUCUCUCUGUCUAUCCGGGACUGUUCCCUGGAUCACGGGGACGUCGUGAAGCACUACAAGAUCAGGAGCCUGGACAGCGGCGGCUACUACAUCUCUCCGUCCCUAACCUUCUCCGCCCUGCCCGACCUCAUCCGCCACUACUCACGGUGUGCGGAUGGCCUGUGCCAGCGACUGGGUAACCCCUGCAAGGCGGCGGCCCCCCAGCAGCCCUGGGCCAAGGACGAGUGGGAGAUCCCGCGCGAGACACUCAAGAUGGCCAAGAAGCUGGGAGCCGGCCAGUUCGGGGAAGUCUGGAUGGGCUUUUACAAGAACAACAUGAAGGUGGCCAUCAAGACGCUGAAGGAGGGCAGCAUGGAGCCCGAGGCCUUCCUGGAGGAGGCCAACCUCAUGAAGACCCUGCAGCACGAGCGCCUGGUCCGCCUGCACGCCGUCGUCACCUCCGAGCCCAUCCUCAUCGUCACAGAGUUCAUGGCCAAUGGAAGCUUGCUGGACUUCCUGAAGACGGAAGACGGUAGACAACUAAAGCUUCCCAAACUGAUUGACAUGUCAGCCCAGAUUGCAGAGGGGAUGGCCUACAUCGAGAAAAAAAACUACAUCCACCGAGACCUGCGGGCAGCCAACAUCUUGGUGUCAGACACAUUGCUCUGCAAGAUUGCCGACUUUGGUUUAGCGAGAAUCAUCGAAACAGAGUACACAGCCAAAGAAGGAGCCAAGUUUCCCAUUAAAUGGACCGCCCCUGAAGCGAUCAACUUCGGGACCUUCAGUAUAAAGUCAGACGUGUGGUCAUUUGGCAUCCUCCUGACUGAGAUCGUCACCCAUGGGAGGAUACCUUAUCCAGGCAUGACCAACCCGGAGGUGAUCCGGAACCUGGAUAAGAGCUACCGCAUGCCGAGGCCCGAGGGCUGCCCCGAGGAGCUGUACGAGGUGAUGAUGCGCUGCUGGAAGGAGCGGCCUGAGGAGAGGCCCACCUUCGAGCACCUCCAGGACCUCCUCAGCGACUUCUUUGUGGCCACAGAGGGCCAGUACGAGAUGCACCCCUGACAGGGGCGCAAAGUAUACCCCUGCAGCCCCCGUGAGGCAGGGGGGCC